AUGGAGCAACAAAACUUGUUUCGAUUCUCUGCAUUCAAGCUUCCGAAGCUGGCGAAGCUCCGGAUGUACGGGGUGUACACUGCGGGCGCUUGCUAUGCCAUUGGCUUCUGGUCAAUGGUCGACGCCGCUAUGUGGUCAAAGCUGGCCGAGAACGCCAGUGACGUCCACGUCACGUUUGUUGAUUGGAUUCCUUUCAUUUGUUCAACAUUGGGGAUGCUUGUUGUCAAUUCUAUCGAAAGAGGCAACUUGAUGGACACCAACAAUUCGUUUAUGGGCGGCAGCCAGCACGCUUGGGCUGCCAGGGUAAUCUUGUUCUUUGGGUUUGCUCUUCUCGCGGGCGGGCUUGCGGGGAGUCUCAUGACGUUCAUCAUCAAGUUCAUCUCGAAGCAUAUUAGUUUCCCCACUUUGGGAAUGGGUGUCAGUAAUGUGGUGAGUAAUGGGUUUAUCAUGUUGCUGUGCAUCAUUUUAUGGGUGUCACAAAACAUUGAGGACGAAUACAGUUACUCGUUGGCGCUUUAG